AUGGCAUCUUCAGAUUAUCCCUCCAAUGGCCUUAACUUUGCCAGUGCUGGCAGUGGUGUUUUGCAAGCAACAAAUCAAGAUUUGGGAGUGACCUCGCUCCAGGAACAUUUGCAACAAUUCCAAACCUUGGUGGAGCAAAACCACAUCGACAAAAAUCUAAUCCAAAACUCCAUCUUCUUCUUCGAGUCCAGUUCCAACGACAUCUUCGACUACUUUCUCCCGUUUAGCCCUCCAAUACUUGACCCGGAUGCUUAUGUGCAAGCCAUGCUAACCCAAGUCACAAAAUUCCUUGACCAAAUCUACAAACUUGGUGCUCGCCGGAUUUCAGUGUUCAAUUUGGCCCCGUUGGGGUGUGGUCUCGGCGGAGUCCUCCUGUCUGGUGCACCCAUUGAUCGAUGUUACGGGAAGAUGAAUGCGAUGGUCAAAAAAUACAAUAAGGGACUAGAAAGCUUGGUCAAUCAAAUGCCUGUUAAUUACCCCGACGUCACUGUUUAUGGCGCACUUUAUGACAUUGUUCACCAAUUUCGAGCCACUCCCACACGUUACCGCUUUUCGGACGUGUCUAGUGCAUGCUGUGGGGAAGGGACUCUAGGAGGAUUGCUUCAGUGCGGGAAGGAGGGCUACACAAUUUGUUCAAGGCCCAAUGAAUUUUUGCUCUGGGAUUUCUUCCAUCCAUCUGAGCAUGCUUACAAGAUCAUAUCCAAGGCUUUGUGGGCUGGCACGAAAUAUCGAAUUAGACCACUUAAUUUGAAGACUAGUCAACAUCACCACCCUCCCUCGUGUUUGAUCAAAGCUAGAUCAUGA